UCCUGGUUCAUACUGGCCUUAUGGUGACCAACAAUGCUAUUCAUAUCCAAAAAUAUUUAAUUGAACUGUCAGAAUUGCAUUUUAGAAUGCAUUGAACUGUGUUUACCAGUUUUUGUUUAGACGAAUAGACAGAAUAUUAAAUAUGCAUUUGGUAUUAUUCACUAAUGGGUGGUUUUCCUGGUUCCUAGCGGCCUAGCGGUUUAAGCCACUGCUCUCACCCCGGGGACCAUGGCAACGAGCAACCUGACAGCAGCCGCCCGUUUGGCGGUGAUGUCACCGGACAGCUUGUCUGUCAAUGGCCAGCGCGGUCGGCUGGUGACGUCACUUCCGGCAGGCAAGCUUCGGUUGGUGACGCAGAUGUUGUCUAACCAUUAGCGAAGAAAAUAUAUUGGGAGGGAAAAAAAAACAAAGUCGAAACGUAAAGAAAGCGAUUGCAGGAAACGGUUCGUGUAAGAUACAGGCAGCGUUUUCCGACGUGACGGCUGGAAAUAAACGAUCCCGGGGUAGUCGGUGCCGAGCUCCGUCGCUUAGGCCCGAACAAAUUAAUUGCCAAGAAAGUUUGGACAAAUUCUGCGUUUCUUCAAUGAGGAACUACAGGUUGAUCUUUUGCCACAAUCUCAAGCAACCAUAGCUGGCUAAAAAAUGCUUAUUCACUAAGGGUGAUUGGUGUAUAAGUUAUUUUUUUCAGUGGGUGUCUGUGCUCAAAGACAAAAUACAGCCUUUUUGUCUGAGGGAAGAUAUGAGGAAGAGCUUCUCUCCUUCAUCGAGUAGCAGCAACUCAUUAACUAGUAAUACAUUUUUUGGAGUUCUUAAUGAGCAACAACAGCAAGGAUGUCAUCAAUGGAAUGAAGUUCCAUUAUUAGUCAAGCACAUUGUGGAAUAUCUGGAGGAAUAUGAGAAUAUUGAGGAUGAACUUACGAAGUUGAAAUGCUUCUUGGACUUGUUUCCAACUGCUAACUACGAUCUCCUGAAGUUCCUCCCAAGAUUCCAGGUCAAGGUAGGAUUCCAAAAGAAAGAAAAGUGGACUGCAACGAAUCAUUCUGCUGUAUUUGACCUGGAAGUUUUCUAUAUAUACACAGAUGUGGAAGAUAUGAAAGAACAAGAAGCAGCUAACAAUAUAAUGUCUGAACUACUGGAAAAUUACAGUGAUUUCUUUGGUACUGAAGAGUUUCUCCCCACAGAUAUUUCAAAUUCAUUUUGUGUUGAGGUUACUGAAUCAUGUGAAGAAGGCAAUAAAAUAGAACAAACUCAUGAACCUCCUGAAGAUAGGAUGUUGUUAAUGGGGAACUCUGAGCACUUGAUGAUGACCAAGAAUGUAACUGAAUCUGACAAUAUUGUUUUGUCAACGAGUGCUCAUAGUUCCCCUGUCAACCAAGUGACUGUGCAUGCAGAAGAAGAUUUCACUGAAGAGAAUAGUCGCAAUGCGGGAGUUGGCAAAAUAGCCUUUUCAGAAAGUUUGCAGCAUGCAGAUAGUUUGGAAGACAAUGAUCAGGAAAUUUCGCUACAUAAUUGUACAUUGGAAGUACUGAGGACACGUUUGCACCAAUGUGUUGAAAAUGUCGUGGAAAGUUUUUCUCUUCCCAAAGUUCCACUCUUAGAUGUGCCUGAAGAAAGUCUGGACAAUGAACCAAUCACACAUGAAGAAAACAAUAAUAAAGAAGAAAGGGUACAAUGUACUUCAGUUCCUGAAAUUGGCAUGGAUAAUUCAUCAAAAUUAACUUUGAAUUUGACAUCUGGAACCUAUGAUUUAAAUGCUAAUAAAGAGUCUGAUGUGCCAAAAGGUCGAGAGGUUUCUACUCGGGAUAACAGAGUGCGCCCAGAAAUUGUUCGUCUUGAUCUGAAGUGUGUGACUAAUACAAGUACCUGGGAAGAUCCGGUUCCUGUAUUUAAAUCAUGGCAGGAUGAAUACGAGCAUGAAUUAGGAGAGGCACAACUCUCACCACAGGCUGGGAGACUGACUAAUCACCCACUUGAAGAAGACCCACAGCCUAUGUUAUGCCGCCGUUACCUUAAUUUUGGUCAUAGGCAGCGUUUUCUAGAUGAGUCUGAUUCAAUAACUGCCUCGCUAAAAGGACUUUCCAGCUUUAGGCCUCGAAGAUCAUCGCUUGAUUCCAAAGAUGAUGAAAAGGAAGAGCAGACUCAGUUGCAACUGACAAAAAAGAUUCAGAAUAUUAAAAAGAAAAUUAAGUUAUUUGAAGCACAAUUUGAGAAGGAUCGAAAGUACAAGCCGUCCCACAGUGACAAAGUAGCAAAUCCAAAGGUUUUGAAAUGGAUGAAUGAAUUAGUCAAGUUACGCAAACAAUUUAAAGAGAUGAAAUAUAAAACUUCUGACAACGAUUUAGAAACUUUGCCUAUAAUACGUCCAAGAAGCAAUACUCUUCCAAAGAGCUUUGGUUCUUGUCUGGAACAUGAGCAAAGAGAUGUUUAUAGAGAAACAUCUGAGAAGGAGAAAAAGCCAUCUAUGGAAGCAACAGUAGAAACAAUCUUAAAAAGACUUAAAGAGAAACAAGCCGAAGAAGACUGGCCAGAGGAUAUUAAGGAAAUGAGACAGAAUCACUUAACGGCAGAGAAAAUAGCUCUUCAGAAGAGUCUCUUGCAUUUUGAGAGCAUUCACGGAUGUCCGGUCACCAGGGAAGAAAGACAGCUGGUGAAGCCUUUAUACGAUAGAUAUCGACUUGUGAAGCAGAUGUUAGCCAAAGCAACACCUGUUAUUGGUUCUCCAUCAAAUAAACGUCGUGGCCAGAUAUUGCAACCAAUCAUUGAAGGUGAAACUACUCAGUUCUUUGAGGAAAUAAAGGAAGAGGAUUGUAAUAUGGCAGCAGACUUCACAGUUACACUAAGGCCAGGCUUGCAUGCUAGGAACUUUUUGGAUCAGUUGGAUAAUGACUGUAACACAAUUGCAUCCCCUGUAAAAGAGAGUUCAGUAAGACUGAGCCUUGACCCAGGAGUUUCAAGUAUACAUGCUGCAUCCUUGCCCGAACUAUUUGAACAACUCUGGAAAGCAAGAGAUGAAAGGAAGAAUUUGCGCAAGACAUUGCGGGAAUUUGAAGAAGAGUUCUAUCAAAAAAAUGGAAGAAAUGUACAGAAAGAAGAUCGUGCUCCAAUGAUUGAAGAAUACAGAGAAUAUAAGCGCAUAAAAGCCAGAGUCAGGCUUUUGGAAGUUCUUGUUAGCAAGCAAGAUUCUGCAAAAUUUAAGUUGGUUUGAUGUUACCAGUACUAUCUUCUUCAUGAGUAAUGUGUUGAAUAUUUUAUCUUCUGGACGUGGUGCUUACCUCUUCUUGUAACAUUGCCUUGCCUAAUGCCAGUUUGUGCACUUUAUCUGGUGCUUCUUACAAAGUACUGAACUAUUGGUAAGUUUGUACCACAAGAUUGUCAUGAAUGGUAGAUGGCUGUGGAAUAACAAGGAUACCUUACUAAAUUAGUACUAAUAUUUUAUUAGGUUAAUGCAUCUUGUUCUGAAAUAAACUGUUAGAAUUCAUUGCUGGUGGGGGGGGGGAGGGAGGGAGAGGAGGGUGAUAACUUUUGAAGUAUUUUGAUGGAUUUCAAAAAAACAGAUCCUCGAGGUUUGAACGCAGAAUACAAAUAUUUAUUUUAUCUCCAACUGCUUGCUACAUGUAAAUAUACACAAUGAUUUAUGUUUCCUCUUAAAUAUCAUUUUUUAGUUUUAAUUUAAUGUUUCAGAGCAGAAAGAUGGAGCAGUGAUUUUCAUAGAAUUCUUCUUAAAUCAUUAGACCAUUAAACUAUUUUGUGAAGUGGACAGAUUCUGAGCCAGGAAGUGGAGGUGUACACUUGCUGUAUAUAUUUGAAGUUGUUUGUUCUGUAGUUGUCUGUAGUGAUACAGAAAGCACUAAUAAACAGUAAGUGUUUACUAAAUUGCUGUUACCUUUACUAAAUGUAUUAACAUUUUGAGAUCUCUGCAAAAUGAAAUAUUUGGCAGUUCAAUUUAUGAAUGUGUUUUAAUGCAAAAUACCUGCUUUCAGUAUAACUUGUUAACUUGUGCCACUUUAUACUGCUGAAAACUGAUCAAUUGCAGAAUAAGGUGUUUGACUGUGUAGUGACCUUGAGUUUUGUUUUUAAAGAAACACAUAUUUGGAAAUAUGAAAAAUGUGUUUGAAUAUCCUUGUCAAUUGAGGAACAAGAUGGAUGUUUCUUUAUAAUAAUAUUUGUAAUGGAGUGAUCAUUGCAUGCACCUACUGUAUAUGUCAUUUAAGCAGCUACCUUUUUUUGCAUGAUUUUAAUUAAUACUUGCAAAACAUCUGAAUGUAAACAUCAUAACUUCCCCUUGAAAGCAGAGAUCUGAGAUGGACUAAUGGUGCAUCUUAAAUGCAUCAACAGCAAUGUGUACAUUUUUGUACAUGAUUCGGUUUGCUUUGGUGUAAUAAAACCAUGCAGUAAACAUUUUGGGCACUAUAUGUUGACACUUCAUUGUUGAAAAUGACACUGCAUUACUAUAUGAAGAAUUGAAUAAAUGCAUGGCAUCAGCACUUUCAGAUGUUUUUGUGUGUGCAUAUGUCACUAAGGUGGUACAUUUUGCAGUAAUGUAUCAUUUCCACAUUCCUUUUUAUAAAAAGCUAUAUCUGUA